AAAGUUUCAGAGCAAAGCAUGUAUUGAGGUUGGUUUGAUUCUCCAGGAAUAAAUAUAGCACCAGAGAUGAGCAAGGAACAAAGUUAAUCCAAUAUGUUCGGAGCCAGGGCGAUUAAACGAAGGAGGGACAAGGAGGCAGAACUAAAGGCAGCGAAGGCCAAUGGUCCACCUCCAGCAUUUGAACGUCAAGGGCCAUCAGGAGUCAAGGGUGGCAAGGCUAAGGCUGCAAAAAAUAACGGGAAGAAAGGAGCUAAACAGUCCGGGAAAAAAGAGAUCUAUGAUUUGAUUGUAAAUAUUGAUCUAGCAGAGUGGAAACUAUCAGAUGAACAGGUUGCAGAGUUUAAGGAGGUUUUCAUGCUAUUUGAUCGGGACGAGGACGGAGUUUUAUCAUUCCAGGAACUCCAGGUUGUUAUGAAAUCCUUGGGACAAAGACCAACAGAGGAGGAACUUCUUGCAGCAGUCAGAGAGGUGAGUGAAGACUAUAUCUAUGAUACUGUUGAAUUCAAUGAAUUCCUCCAAAUGAUGGCAAAACAACAGGAUCUGACACACUCUGCAGAUGCAGUAGCAGAAGCAUUCAGGAUGUUUGAUGAUGAUGAUGAUGAUGGACAUCUAUCUGUAACUGAGCUAACUGAGGUUGUUACUGAACUAGGGGAAUCUCUCACUAAAACAGAGUUGAAUCAGAUGCUCAAACAAGCAAAAUGCUUAACAGAGCCUGAGGCACUAGACAAGGGGGAUAUAAACUAUCAAGCAUUUGCUGAGUUCCUCUGUCGUGAUCAUGAAGCUGGAGAUGGAGAAACAUAGGAGUCCUAGUUUAUGGAGCAGACAUUCAUACCUGGAUCCUAGUUUAUGGAGCAGACAUUCAUACCUGGAUC